UAGAGUCCGUUGAAACACAACUAAUGUUAGGUAAUCCAACAGAGAGGUCGCGCAGCGCAUUAUAAUGAAUUUAUUCUUGCAGAAUUGGCCAAUCAUUGGAUGAGAUUCCUUCUUUGAGCUCUCUUCUUGGAUCAAGUACGUGGCAGCUGGAGCACAUCUGUAGCUUAUUCUCUUGACCAUCAUCCCAGUUCUUCGUUCAAUGCCUAACACUGUGGAAAGUGAAGGCGCCAAGGUAUCUGCUGGUACUGAUCAGGAGGCCCCAUCACGGGCCCCAGCCAGAGAGGAUGAGCGUGAGCGCAGCUUCCUGAGUCCGAUGACGCAUGAUGCGCUGCGGGUACGACGGGCCUCCAGCGCAGAGCUCCAGCUUCCAUGGACCUGCCCUGUAACACACUCCCGAGAGAAGUUCUACACCGUCUGCUCGGACUAUGCACUGCUCAACCGAGCCCGACCCAUUAACACAUCUGAAGAUACGCCACUGAGCAACCCAGACACCACAUCAUUAGUCAAGACCAGCGCUACAACCCCUUCCCAGAGUCACUCAGGGGGGAACUGUGAUAUGGAGGUUGUGUCAUCCAGCAACAAGCCUGUGCUCGCCUGGGAGAUUGACACCUCUGAUUUUGAUGCGGUUUUAACACGGAAAGCCAGAACAAGUAAUUUAAAGAAAUUCAACUCUAAGAAAAUGAAAUCAUCUGACAGGCCGAGCAGAAACCUGCAAGAUCUCCCAGCACAAGCGUCUCUGGAGGAGAUCAAACAGAGAAAAGUCUUGGACCUCCGUAGAUGGUACUGCAUCAGCCGCCCCCAGUAUAAGACCUCAUGUGGGAUCUCCUCUCUUGUCUCCUGUUGGAACUUUCUCUACAGUACUUUAGGAGCAGGCAGUCUCCCACCUAUUUCUCAAGAAGAAGCCCUUCACAUACUUGGUUUCCAGCCUCCGUUUGAAGACAUCAAGUUUGGACCAUUCACUGGCAAUGCCACUUUGAUGCGAUGGUUCAGACAAAUCAACGAUAAUUUUCGUGUUCGCGGAUGCUCUUACAUUCUGUACAAACCUCAUGGCAAGCACAAGACAGCGGGAGAGACAGCUGAGGGGGCACUGCUGAAGCUGACGCAGGGGCUUAAAGACGAGUCCAUGGCCUACAUUUACCACUGUCAGAAUCACUACUUCUGUCCUGUGGGCUAUGAAGCUACACCACUAAAAGCAGCCAAAGCUUACAGGGGGCCACUGCCGCUUAAUGAGAUGGAGCACUGGAUUCUCAUUGGUGAACCAAGCAGGAAACACCCUGCAAUCCACUGUAAAAAAUGGGCAGAUAUUGUGACGGAUCUGAACACCCAAAACCCAGAAUACUUUGACAUUCGCCACAUAGAGAGAGGCAUUCAGUAUCGCAAAACCAAAAAAGUUGGAGGCAAUCUGCACUGCAUCAUGGCCUUCCAGAGAGUCAACUGGCAAAAGUUGGGACCAUGGGCACUGAAUUUGGAAAAUCUGAGGCAUGAUCUCCAACAUCAGGCUCCAGAACACAGAGGUCAAGCUGCGCCAGAGGACGGUUCUGAGGAGCGAGCAGGGAAACGUCUGGGCAGAUCCCUCAGUAUGGGGAACAAGUCUGAGAAUGCCUGGAAGCGUUUGUCCAACACAGCAGAGUACAGGCACAGAAGCUCUCCAGACAGUGACCUAGAUGAAGACAUAACUGACUAAAUCUAAAGCGUCCAACCCUCCUCCUGAUGAGCCAAUUGAGUUUUCGACAGUUUUAAACACGAAUAUUUACCUUCCCAUGUUGUUAGCAAUAGUGGAAAGUUAGAAUUGCAUAUCAUAGACGAGGUUGCAAGCCAAAAGUUGGGGUUAAUGCUCCGGUAAUUAUAAGGAAGAAGCCAUUUGUGGAGGGUGCCACAAUUUUACAGCAAAUUCCAGAGCCCUCAUUAAUGUGGCAUUAAAUUAAGAUUAGAAAUACUUAAAGGGGUCAUAUGAUGCGAUUUAAAAUGUUUCUUUCUCUUUGGAGUAUUAAAAGCUCUUGGUACAUGAAGAAGAUCUGUAAAGUUGCAAAGACUAAAGUCUCAAAUCCAAAGAGAUGUUCUUUAUCAAAUUUAGGACUACCACGCCCCCCUAAAACUGUUUGUUCAAACACACACCCACAUGUCUACGUCACUAUGUGGAAAUAUUUGCGUAAUGCCGCCCAAAUGUUCACACAAAGAAAUAAGGUGUGGUAUCAGUAACCACAGUAAGUGUUGAAGCAGCCAUGUCAGGGAGAUGGUGUGUGUAUAUAGGGGAAAGCAAAAGCACUUUAUUUGGCCUUCCGAAAGUAGAUCCAUAUAGGAAGUUUUAAGAUUACUUUCAACAGAACAGCAACGCAGUUUAUCGUGAUCCUAGAAGAGGAGGUAAUUUUGACUUUGCUACGACAACCUGGCUCGUCUGAAUCGUGCGUGUGUGUGUGAGAGAGAGAGAGAGACAGGGUCACACAGUGGAGACACCCGUCUUAACCAUGCGUGGCUUGUGCACUGCAAACACAUACGAGCUUCAUCACUUGUGUCUGUCACACGACUCUGUUCCCCUUUUGGGCUUGAAUUGAUGGUAAAACAAAGUACAUUAUUAAAUUUUGAAAGAUGAAGCUCGCAAUUUUGGAAAGGGGUGUUAAAUUUCCGUCAAGUGCUUGCGGUGGUCAGUUGGCCAAUCAGAGCAGACUGCGAUUGUCGGAAGGAGGGACUUUGUAGAAAACUAUGCUUUUGAGAGAGGCAGGGCAUAGAGGACCUACAAUAAUGUAAAGUAUUUGAAUAAAUGGUUUUUUUUUUGUUUUUUUUUACGUCAACGUAUUCUGUUACACCAAAUGCACAAAAUAAUGAUCUUUAAAAAAGCAUCAUACCACCCCUUUAAAAAUGCUCUCUCUCCAAGACAUUGAGUCACGUCCUGUAGGUCAAAAUGCUGCUUUCUUUAAACAUAUUUUGGGUAAACUAAUCAUUAUAUGAAUGUGCAAUUAACUGCACUAAAGGUGUGACCGCACCUUAAGUGUACUAAGAACAUGAAGUGAAUAUUUAGCAUCAUUUUAUUUCAGUUACAUGCUAUUUGGUGGAUUUUUAUGCUACUGAUGGUAGAUCAUUGGAGGACAGUAUGUACUGAAAAAGGACACUGUUCUUUAUGAAGAAAAAAAUGGCUUUAUUAGUGUAAGUCUAAAAAAACAAACUAUGUCAACGUCGUUAUAAAGACAUCAGACUGUUUAAUAAUGUGACAAUUUGAUAUGUCAAUGGAUCUGAUUGUGACAGUCCAAUAAGAUGGUGCCAUCUUAUUGUAAAUAGCAACUUGAAAGAUUACAAUCACGUUCUUUGUGAAACGCUGUGAGCUACGAUUGCAUGAUUGCUUCCAUGUCAUGUGAAUAGUGAUUUGGUUUUCCUUUAACACAGCAACAUCUAAUGUAUGAUGUGCAAGUCAUAACAAAUCUCAUACUCAUGUGAAUCUAGUGUGUUGGUAUUAUUUUUAAUUAUAAAUAAAAUCUUUAUACAUCUUCUUA